AUGUAUGGGAAGAAAGGCAAAACCGUAGAUGGAAAGAAAACAAUGGCAUCACAAAAGAGACCUACACUGGACAGAAUGUUCGCUUCGACGUCACAAAGAAAUGAUGAUGGUUUGGGGGCAUCUUACAAUAUCUCGUUACUUAUAGCAAAAUCCGGAAAACCGCAUACUAUCGAAGAGAAGUUAAUUUUGCCAGCCGUUGAAGAGGUUUUAAAAACUGUUUUCCACAAACCUGCAUCUGAUACCAUUAAAAGAAUUCCCUUAAGCAACAAUACUGUUGAAAGACGUAUUGAUGAAAUGAGUUCUGAUAUUGAAAGCUUCUUAUGUAAUUAUUUGCAAACGACCCAUUUCUCUAUACAACUGGACGAGUCAACUUUACCUGAGAAUGCAGCAUUAUUAUUGGCGUAUGUUCGUUUUAUUAUGAAUCAAGAAAUCUACGAAGAACUGCUCUUCGCAAGAACCGACACUAAAGAAUUGCUUGGAGUAUAA